GUUUUUAGGAGGCUCGCGGCGGCCGGUGAGUGUGUGUGUGUGUAAGCAUGAGGAGCGCGAGGACGCUGCGGCAGCUGAAGCGGAAUCUUCAUCCUCCUCCUCAUCCUCCUCCACGAUCAGUGGGAAUCAUCGGGGCUCCUUUCUCCAGGGGACAGCCUCGAGGCGGAGUGGAGGGAGGUCCGGACCGGAUCCGAGCUGCGGGGCUCGUGCAGCGGCUGCAGGGUCAAGGCUGCGCAGUGAAGGAUUAUGGAACCUGAACGUUCGAGGACGUGGUUGACGAGGAGCCGAUGGGCCUGUUGCGAAGUGUUGGGGCGGUGGGCAGCGCCAACCAGAGGCUGUCGGAGGCAGUGCAAGCGGUGAAGAGGGACGGCCACACCACGGUGAUGCUGGGAGGAGACCACAGCCUGGCCAUCGGCUCCAUCCACGGUCACUCGCAGGUGGUGGGCCAGCUGAGCGUCGUCUGGGUGGACGCCCAUGCCGACAUCAACACGCCGCUGACCUCGUACACGGGAAACUUGCACGGACAGCCAUGUCCUACCCUCCUCCACGAGCUAAGGUCGAAGAUUCCCGACUUACCGAACUUCUCCUGGAUGAAGCCGUGCGUGUCGGCCAGAGAUCUGGUCUACAUCGGCCUGAGAGACGUGGAUCCAGCAGAGCACUUCAUCCUGAGGCAGCUGGGUGUGAAGGUCUUCUCCAUGUCGGAGGUGGACCAGUUUGGAGUCGCCAGGGUCAUGGAGGAGACAUGUGACUACCUGAGUGCCAGAGGGAAGAGACCGAUCCACCUGAGCUACGACAUCGACGCCAUCGACCCCUCUGUUACCCCAGCAACUGGAACACCUGUAGUUGGAGGUCUCACCUACAGAGAGGGUCUCUACAUCACUGAACACCUCUGUCGGACAGGUCAGCUGUCAGCGGUUGAUCUGGUGGAGGUGAAUCCUCUGAGAGGACAGACUGAAGAUGGCGUCCAGUCCACAGUCAACACGGCCAUUGACGUGCUGCUUGGAUGUUUCGGUCGUCUACGUGAAGGAAACCACCCGCCGGAUUACCGGCUGCCUGAGCCGUAACGAGGACGCUGGGAUGUCCCACUUCACACCUUAAACCAAAAACAGCUGAAUGGUCUUCCUGCAAAUUAUGUCAUGAAUGUUGAUUAAUUUGUUAUAACUAUUUAAUUAUUAAAUAUUUAAAUUUCA